GGGACUUGCACCAUUAUAAUAUUUUCAGCUCCACUGUCAGGCAGGCAGGUCAUAAAGUUAACAAAUGGACUGGGUAAUCUUUUGGACAGCUAACAACAUGCGUGGAACUUUACUCUUCAUCAUGAUGUAUUUAUCAGUAUUUACUGUUAACACAGAUCAAACAUCCACUGCAAUACCAACUACAACUGAAACAAUCACGUCCACUGAAGUGCCAACUACAACUGAAACAAUAACAUCCACUGAAGUGCCAACUACAACUGAAACAAUAACAUCCACUGAAGUGCCAACUACAACUGAAACAAUAACAUCCACUGAAGUGCCAACUACAACUGAAACAAUAACAUCCACUGAAGUGCCAACUACAACUGAAACAAUAACAUCCACUGAAGUGCCAACUACAACUGAGACAAUAACAUCCACUGAAGUGCCAACUACAACUGAAACAAUAACAUCCACUGAAGUGCCAACUACAACUGAAACAAUAACAUCCACUGAAGUGCCAACUACAACUGAAACAAUAACGUCAACUGAAGUGCCAACUACAACUGAAACAAUCACGUCAACUGAAGUUCCAACUACAACUGAAACAAUCACAUCCACUGAAGUGCCAACUACAACUGAAACAAUCACAUCCACUGAAGUGCCAACUACAACUGAAACAAUAACGUCCACUGAAGUGCCAACUACAACUGAAACAAUAACGUCCACUGAAGUGCCAACUACAAAUGAAACAAUCACAUCCACUGAAGUGCCAACUACAACGGAAACAAUAACAUCCACUGAAGAAACAAUAACAUCCACUGAAGUGCCAACUACAACUGAAACAAUAACAUCCACUGAAGUGCCAACUACAACUGAAACAAUAACAUCCACUGAAGUGCCAACUUCAACUGAAACAAUAACGUCCACUGAAGUGCCAACUACAACUGAAACAAUAACAUCCACUGAAGUGCCAACUUCAACUGAAACAAUAACGUCCACUGAAGUGCCAACUACAAAUGAAACAAUCACGUCCACUGAAGUGCCAACUACAACUGAAACAAUAACAUCCACUGAAGUGCCAACUUCAACUGAAACAAUAACGUCCACUGAAGUGCCAACUACAACUGAAACAAUAACAUCCACUGAAGUGCCAACUUCAACUGAAACAAUAACGUCCACUGAAGUGCCAACUACAACUGAAACAAUAACGUCCACUGAAGUGCCAACUACAACUGAAACAAUAACGUCCACUGAAGUGCCAACUACAAAUGAAACAAUAACAUCCACUGAAGUGCCAACUACAACUGAAACAAUUACAUCCACUGAAGUGCCAACUACAACUGAAACAAUCACAUCCACUGAAGUGCCAACUACAACUGAAACAAUAACAUCCACUGAAGUGCCAACUACAACUGAAACAAUCACAUCCACUGAAGUGCCAACUACAACGGAAACAAUAACAUCCACUGAAGUGCCAACUACAACUGAAACAAUAACAUCCACUGCAAUACCAACUACAACUGAAACAAUAACAUCCACUGAAGUGCCAACUACAACUGAAACAAUAACAUCCACUGCAAUACCAACUACAACUGAAACAAUAACAUCCACUGAAGUGCCAACUACAACUGAAACAAUCACGUCAACUGAAGUACCAACCACAACUGAAACAAUCACGUCCAAUGAAGUGCCAACUACAACUGAAACAAUCACGUCCAAUGAAGUGCCAACUACAACUGAAACAAUAACAUCCACUGAAGUGCCAACUACAACUGAAACAAUAACGUCCACUGAAGUGCCAACUACAACUGAAACAAUAACAUCCACUGAAGUGCCAACUACAACUGAAACAAUAACAUCCACUGAAGUGCCAACUACAACUGAAACAAUAACAUCCACUGCAAUACCAACUACAACUGAAACAAUAACGUCCACUGAAGUGCCAACUACAAAUGAAACAAUAACAUCCACUGAAGUGCCAACUACAAUUGAAACAAUAACAUCCACUGAAGUGCCAACUACAAUUGAAACAAUAACAUCCACUGAAGUGCCAACUACAACUGAAACAAUCACAUCCACUGAAGUGGCAACUACAACUGAAACAAUCACGUCCACUGAAGUACCAACCACAACUGCAACGAUCACUGCCACAGGAGUACCAACUACAAAUGAAACAAUAACAUCCACUGAAGUGGCAACUACAACUGAAACAAUCACGUCCACUGAAGUACCAACCACAACUGCAACGAUCACUGCCACAGGAGUACCAACUACAAAUGAAACAAUAACAUCCACUGAAGUGCCAACUACAACUGAAACAAUAACAUCCACUGAAGUGCCAACUACAACUGAAACAAUAACAUCCACUGAAGUGCCAACUACAACUGGAACAAUAACGUCCACUGAAGUGCCAACUACAACUGAAACAACAACAUCCACUGAAGUGCCAUCUACAACUGAAACAACAACAUCCACUGAAGUGCCAACUACAACUGAAACAAUAACAUCCACUGAAGUGCCAUCUACAACUGAAACAACAACAUCCACUGAAGUGCCAACUACAACUGAAACAAUAACAUCCACUGAAUUGCCAUCUACAACUGAAACAACAACAUCCACUGAAGUGCCAACUACAACUGAAACAAUAACAUCCACUGCAAUACCAACUACAACUGAAACAAUCACAUCCACUGAAGUGCCAACUACAACUGAAACAAUAACAUCCACUGAAGUGCCAACUUCAACUGAAACAAUAACGUCCACUGAAGUGCCAACUACAACGGAAACAAUAACAUCCACUGAAGUGCCAACUACAACUGAAACAAUAACAUCCACUGCAAUACCAACUACAACUGAAACAAUAACAUCCACUGAAGUGCCAACUACAACUGAAACAAUAACAUCCACUGCAAUACCAACUACAACUGAAACAAUAACAUCCACUGAAGUGCCAACUACAACUGAAACAAUCACGUCAACUGAAGUACCAACCACAACUGAAACAAUCACGUCCAAUGAAGUGCCAACUACAACUGAAACAAUCACGUCCAAUGAAGUGCCAACUACAACUGAAACAAUAACAUCCACUGAAGUGCCAACUACAACUGAAACAAUAACGUCCACUGAAGUGCCAACUACAACUGAAACAAUAACAUCCACUGAAGUGCCAACUACAACUGAAACAAUCACGUCCACUGAAGUACCAACCACAACUGCAACGAUCACUGCCACAGGAGUACCAACUACAACUGUAACGAGCACGGCUACUGGAGUACCAACUACAACUGUUACGAGCACGGCUACUGGAGUACCAACUACAACUGUUACGAGCACGGCUACUGGAGUACCAACUACCACUGUAACGAGCACUGCCACUGGAGUACCAAUUACAACUGUAACUAGCACUGGCACUGCAGUAUCAACUACAACUGUAACGAGCACGGCUACUGGAGUACCAACUACAACUGUAACUAGCACUGCCACUGGGGUACCAACUACAACUGUAACGAGCACUGCCACUGGAGUACCAACUACAACUGUAACUAGCACUGGCACUCGGGUACCAAUUACAACUGUAACUAGCACUGGCACUGCAGUAUCAACUUCAACUGUAACAAGCACGGCUACUGGAGUACCAACCACAACUGCAACGAGCAGUGCCACUGGAGUGCCAACUACAACUGAAACAAUAACAUCCACUGAAGUGCCAACUUCAACUGAAACAAUAACGUCCACUGAAGUGCCAACUACAACUGAAACAAUCACAUCCACUGAAGUGCCAACUACAACUGAAACAAUCACAUCCACUGAAGUGCCAACUACAACUGAAACAAUAACAUCCACUGAAGUGCCAACUACAAUUGAAACAAUAACAUCCACUGAAGUGCCAACUACAACUGAAACAAUAACGUCCACUGAAGUGCCAACUACAAAUGAAACAAUCACAUCCACUGAAGUGCCAACUACAAUUGAAACAAUAACAUCCACUGAAGUGCCAACUACAAGUGGAACAAUAACAUCCACUGAAGUGCCAACUACAAGUGGAACAAUAACAUCCACUGAAGUGCCAACUACAACUGAAACAAUAACAUCCACUGAAGUGCCAACUACAAUUGAAACAAUAACAUCCACUGAAGUGCCAACUACAACUGAAACAAUAACGUCCACUGAAGUGCCAACUACAAUUGAAACAAUAACAUCCACUGAAGUGCCAACUACAACUGAAACAAUAACGUCCACUGAAGUGCCAACUACAACUGAAACAAUAACAUCCACUGAAGUGCCAACUACAAAUGAAACAAUCACAUCCACUGAAGUGCCAACUACAAUUGAAACAAUAACAUCCACUGAAGUGCCAACUACAAUUGAAACAAUAACAUCCACUGAAGUGCCAACUACAAUUGAAACAAUAACAUCCACUGAAGUGCCAACUACAACUGAAACAAUAACAUCCACUGAAGUGCCAACUACAAUUGAAACAAUAACGUCCACUGAAGUGCCAACUACAACUGAAACAAUAACAUCCACUGAAGUGCCAACUACAAAUGAAACAAUAACAUCCACUGAAGUGCCAACUUCAACUGAAACAAUAACAUCCACUGAAGUGCCAACUACAACUGAAACAAUAACAUCCACUGAAGUGCCAACUACAAUUGAAACAAUAACAUCCACUGAAGUGCCAACUACAAUUGAAACAAUAACGUCCACUGAAGUGCCAACUACAACUGAAACAAUAACAUCCACUGAAGUGCCAACUACAACUGAAACAAUAACAUCCACUGAAGUGCCAACUACAACUGAAACAAUAACAUCCACUGAAGUGCCAACUACAAUUGAAACAAUAACAUCCACUGAAGUGCCAACUACAAUUGAAACAAUAACGUCCACUGAAGUGCCAACUACAACUGAAACAAUAACGUCCACUGAAGUGCCAACUACAACUGAAACAACAACAUCCACUGAAGUGCCAACUACAACUGAAACAAUCACGUCCACUGAAGUGCCAACUACAACUGAAACAAUCACAUCCACUGAAGUGCCAACUACAACUGAAACAAUCACGUCCACUGAAGUACCAACCACAACUGCAACGAUCACUGCCACAGGAGUACCAACUACAACUGUAACGAGCACGGCUACUGGAGUACCAACUACAACUGUUACGAGCACGGCUACUGGAGUACCAACUACCACUGUAACGAGCACUGCCACUGGAGUACCAAUUACAACUGUAACUAGCACUGGCACUGCAGUAUCAACUACAACUGUAACGAGCACGGCUACUGGAGUACCAACUACAACUGUAACUAGCACUGCCACUGGGGUACCAACUACAACUGUAACGAGCACUGCCACUGGAGUACCAACUACAACUGUAACUAGCACUGGCACUCGGGUACCAAUUACAACUGUAACUAGCACUGGCACUGCAGUAUCAACUUCAACUGUAACAAGCACGGCUACUGGAGUACCAACCACAACUGCAACGAGCAGUGCCACUGGAGUACCAACUACAACUGUAACAAGCACUGGCACUCGGGUACCAACUACAACUGUAACGAGCACGGCUACUGGAGUACCAAUUACAACUUUAACUAGCACUGGCACUCGGGUACCAACUACAAUUGUAACUAGCACAGCUACUGGAGUACCAAUUACAACUUUAACUAGCACUGGCACUCGGGUACCAACAACAACUGUAACGAGCACGGCUACUGGAGUACCAACUACAACUGUAACUAGCACUGGCACUCGGGAACCAACUGCAACUGUAACUAGCACGGCUACUGGAGUACCAAUUACAACUUUAACUAGCACUGGCACUCGGGUACCAACUACAACUGUAACUAGCACAGCUACUGGAUUACCAACUACAACUGUAAUGAGCACUUUUACUGGAGUACCAACUACAACUGUAACGAGCACUGCCACUGGAGUACCAACUACAACUGUAACUAGCACGGCUACUGGAGUACCAACUACAACUGUAACUAGCACUGGCACUCGGGAACCAACUGCAACUGUAACUAGCACGGCUACUGGAGUACCAAUUACAACUUUAACUAGCACUGGCACUCGGGUACCAACUGCAACUAUAACUAGCACGGCUACUGGAGUACCAACUACAACUUUAACUAGCACUGGCACUCGGGAACCAACUGCAACUGUAACUAGCACGGCUACUGGAGUACCAAUUACAACUUUAACUAGCACUGGCACUCGGGUACCAACUACAACUGUAACUAGCACAGCUACUGGAUUACCAACUACAACUGUAAUGAGCACUGCCACUGGAGUACCAACUACAACUGUAACUAGCACUGGCAUUGGAGUACCAACUACAGCUGUAACGAGCACGGCUACUGGAGUACCAACUACAACUGUUACGAGCACGGCUACUGGAGUACCAACUACAGCUCUAACGAGCACGGCUACUGGAGUACCGACUACUACCCUGCAAAACACAGCAAUCACAGAUAAAAGUACAGUAGAGCCUACAAUGAUUAACCAGCAAACAACUAAAACCCAGCCUUCAACCGCAACCCAACCUAAAACUCUCUCUAUAUCUUCAACAUUAACCUCAGGCGAUACAGCAUCACACAUCACCACAAUCACAGCUAAACUUCAAACCAAAGCACCUCGCACCACUAUCAUUAAAGUAAAGAUUACAAGCAACGAAACUUUUGAUCCUUUAUUGUUAGUCUCUAAUUCAAACACCUUUAUAGAACGGGAAUCAAGAGUCAAAAAUGAGUUUUCAGAGAUAUUAAAAAGAGCAUUCAAAUCCUUCUUGAAUCUAACAAACAUCCAAUUCCGUUCUGGAUCAAUCAUCACAGAAAUGAAUUUAGAAUUCAGUACGGACAGCGUUUUGCCUUCUGAUAAAGAAAUCACAAAUACUUUCAUCAAUGCUACAAACACAACAUUUAUAAUCACAGGAGUAGAGGUCAUACCAGCAGACACACCUACAACACACAAACCAACAACCAAACGUCAAACAACUAAAAGACCAACCACCACAACAGCCUUGAGACAACUCACUACGACAACAACUACAAGACCACCCACCACUAAAACAACAACAAGAACAUUCACCACCACAACAACCACAAGAUCACCCACCACUAAAACAACAAUAAGACCAACCACCACAACAGCCAUGAGAUCACUCACUACCACAACAACUACAAGACCACCCACCACUAAAGCAACAACAAGACCAUUCAUCACCACAACAACCACAAGACCACUAACCACUAAAACAACAAUGAGACCAUUCACCAACACAACAACCACAAGAUCACCCACCACUAAAACAACAAUGAGACCCACAACCACCACCAAAACAACCACAAGACCAACCACCACAACAACCAGAAGACCAACCACCACCACAACAACAACAACUGUUCCAAUUCGUCCUCCACCAUCGGUUACCAUAGACAUGAUCAUCAUCAUAGUUUUUGUUCCAGCGCAUGGAGACCCAAAAAGUGAAGAAUUUAAAAAGCUAGCAGGAAAGGUUCAAAGUGAGUGUGACAAAGUCUACAAACAGAAGUAUGGGCUUCUUUUCAUCAGGACGAUUGUAAUCGCAUUCAGAGGCGUUGCCAGAACUCGGGCAGAACAAAACGUGGAGGCGGAGAUUGAGUUAGAGUUCAAUGAAGGGUCUUCUGCACCCAUUCCAAGCAGUUCCGAGAUCGUGGGUACCCUAAAAGAAGCAGCUUCAACUUCAAACUUUAACCUCACCAUUGUUCCUUCUUCUAUUGGUGUUGUUAAGGCACUGCAGACAAUUCCAGUGAGCAUCUUGACCGAUGGCAUAUUUGUGGUCGCUCUCUCGGAUUCAAGUUCGGCUGCAUAUCGCAACAGGGCAUCAAUGAUCAAAACAGGGCUCGAACCCUUUUUCACGACUGAUUAUCCAUCGGCAUUCUCUGUUUUGUUUAUAACAGAGUUCAGUAAUGUGAGCACAAAAUCCGUCAGCAGGGCCACGAUACAAAGCGUCAUGAGCCUUACUUUUGCAGCAAACAGCCCUCUACCCAGUGACACCCAGAUAGUGAACACUAUAGUCGGAGCAGCCAACAGCAGCUCCCUGCCCUUCACAAUCUUCACUCAUUCCAUCACGGUCAACGGAACAGCUUACUCGUCGGGUGAAGUGAGCUCCAAUAUCGGUGUGUUGACUGCACUACUUUUGGUCGCUGUGGCGUAUCUGGCAGGAAGUGACGGGUGAAAACCUGAAGAACAAGAAUCAGAUCUGGCCAUUUUUGUUCAACCGGACCCCAUGUAAACUGUCUGUAACACUAAGCAAUCAUAACAGCGUUUUCUGUAAUGAGUUAUUUAUUCCAUAAAACAGACUGCAUUAGAUUUUAUAUUGUUAUUAGGUCUUAUUUAAUCAUGUAUAUCAAAGAGCAGUUGUCUAAAUGUAUCAUGUACACUACUUUAUAUUGUUGUCUUUAUAUUGUAAGAACCAAUGUUGUGGGAACUUUAUUGUGACUUGUAAACGUCCACACUAAAGGUGCUGUAAGCAAUCUAUUGUAUGUCACUACCUCUGUAUGAAUUAAUAUUACAUUUUAUAAGACGCAGCGGAAGUGGAUGAAAUGAUGCGGCUGGAAGUCUGACUGUCACAAGCAGUCGUUUUCUUUCACGUACUUUAAGUAAUAAAGUUGGGUUUUCUGUAAAGCUGCUAAAACUAUGUGUAAAAGAGAACGCAAAUAAAAAUCUGAUAUGA